AUGUUAAAUAGGACUAAAUUUUGCAAUGCUAAUAGUAACAAUAUUCAUUUAGCUGUUAAGACAAGUAUUAAAGAAUAGAAAUAAAUAUUUGACAAAAAAUGUUUUUAGUAGGUUUGACAGGUGGAAUAGCCACUGGGAAAAGUAGUGUUGCUGCUAUUUUUCAUGAAUUCGGUAUACCUGUCAUUGAUGCCGAUCAAAUUGCACGAAAAGUUGUGGAACCUGGGAAAUCAGCAUGGCAUAAAAUAAGACAAGAAUUUGGUCCAGAAAUGUUUUUAGAUACUAAUGAGCUUGAUAGAACGAAACUUGGCGAUGUUGUAUUUAAUGAUGUAGAAAAAAGAAAAAAAUUAAAUGCUAUAACACAUCCAGAGAUAUGUAGAGAAAUAUAUUGGCAAACACUCAACGAAGAAGAUUUACAAUUGCAACGACUUAUAGAAAGAUCAGGCUUCACAGAAGCUAAAGCAAAGAUAAGAAUUGCUGCACAAAUGUCAUUGGAAAGGAAAGCAGAGAUGGCAAAUUUUGUUAUUGAAAAUUCUGGUAGUCAACGCGAUACCAGAGAACAAACUAUUAGAAUCAUUAAUGUUUUAAAGGCUUCGAAAUAUCAUUGGAAAUUACGUUUCUUGGUUGGAUUUUGUUGUACUGUUUUACUAGCAGGUGUAUAUUGGCUACGAAAUAGAUCUUUACGGUCCUUACCAACAAUAGCAUAAAAAUUAUUCAUUUGUAAAUUUUUAUAAACACAAAUAUCAAAUUGUGGUGGGGUGUUAGUAUUGCAUUUAUCAAAUUUAGAAAUUAAUCUGUAUGUAUAGACAAGUCUGUAUACAACAAAAUGUAUAACCAUUACAUAUUUUAAACAUAUUUUGUGAAUAUAAAAUGUAAUGGUAUUAUUUACUAAAUAUUUGUAACAAUGCCAAAUAUAUAUUGUAUUUCAGUUUCCUUCAAUAGAAUAUAAUACAAGAUACAAUACUAAUAUAAUAAAAUACAAGAUACAAUUACUGUCUAUUUUAUGUAUCUAAAUUAGAGAAAUACUGAUCAUUAAUUAAUAAAUCUAAUGCAAAUAUUGUACAAAAAGAGAUUUCAUAUCCAAUAUAUAAUCAUAUUUAUGUUUUGAUGAAAUGUGAUUUUAUAUAUAAAUCAUAAAUGUAUAAAGGACGCGAAUUAAAAUGUAUUAUGUAAGAAAAUAUGUUUUAAGAUCUCAAGUGUAAAUUUAAGUGAUUAAUUAUUUUGAUCUUUAUAAUUUUACUACUCACGUAACAUUAAUAUAACAAAAUGAAAAAUCACAACUGCUAUUCGUGACUGAAUUUUAAUUUGUGAACUUCGUAACACCUACCGUAUUGCUAGUCAUUAUCUCUGCUGUAUCUUGUAUAAAUGAAUAGUCAAAUAAUUGAAACAUAAUUGGAACCAUAUUUAUCAUAAAAGAUCAUCAAAGAAAAACAUGUCUGUGUCUUCGUAUAUAUAUUAUACAAAAAUUUACUUACAACAAUAGUUUAGAAAUAACUUAAACGUUUUUCAUUAUAUUACCUUUUCUAUAUAUAUAAAAUACCUCACUACAAGAGGAGAUAUUUGGAUUAAUUUGUAUUUGUUUGAAGUAUCCAUCUGGGUAAAAAGUUUCACAAACUUUAUAUUUAUUAGAAUUUAUAGAAAGAAAUAAAGAAAUUUUAUUAGCUUUGCAAACUUGAAAAUAUUAAGAUACAACGUUUGCAAAUUAUACAUAUUUUAUAAAUGUAUUUAUUUUUAAAUUUUAUGGUUAUUGAUGCAUAAAACGUAUAAAUUAUAAUUUAUAAAUUAUAAAAAAU